AAGUUUUCAGAAAAUGAAAUGAAAAGCCCGAAAAGACUUUCGAAUGUCGGUAUAAAAGUAGAAACAUUUGGUUCUUGGCAUAUUUCCUAUGUGAAAUCAACAGGGUUAAACUAUGUUUCGGUACUUCUUGCUAUUUUCAUUGACCUUUUUACUGCUAACGGAAGAUGUUAACGGCGGCUGGAGAAGAAGAUUUAGAAAGUUCGUUAGAAAAGCUGCAAAAGUUGCCAAAACUGUGGCCACCGUACACACAGUUGCAAAGGUCGCAGGAGCAGUGGUUGGAAAAAGAUCUACAGACGACGAGAUAUUUAGUUUGAAUGUUUGUAAUUUCAACUCAUUCGAUCUGGACGAUGAUCAAAAAAUCAGUGAAACAGAGUUGUCGACAUUGAUUGAUAUUACUGGAGCUGAAGAUUUAGAUGAAUUCUUUGAAAAACUGGAUGUCAACAAAGAUGAUGCCGUCACUAUUCAAGAAUACAAAAGUUCACAGUUAAUAAAGGAAAUCUGCAUCUAAUUGUUUCACUCGAUUUUUUCCUAUGUAAUUUUUCUUAAUAAAAACAUUUCUGUUUAACUUUA